UCAGCUUACACAGAGCCCUGUCUGGAAGGAAAAGAGAAGUUCUUCAGUGAUAAAACCGGGGACCAAGGGAAAAGGGGCGCUUCUUUUUCAGCCUUUUCAUGCCUCUUGUAUGGCCAUCAGCAAAUCACCCGUUGUGUCCCUGUGAAAGAGUGCAGCAUCACCCACAAGGGAAGAUACAUCUACCUGGAGGCGCUGCUGCACGGAGGUGCUCCAUGGGGAUUCACGCUGAAGGGCGGGCUGGAGCACGGAGAGCCAUUAAUCAUCUCAAAGAUCGAAGAGGGAGGGAAGGCAGAUUCCCUGCCUUCCAAGCUGCAGGCUGGUGAUGAAGUGGUGAACAUCAACGAGGUGGAGCUGAGCAGCUCCAGGAGAGAGGCCAUCUCUCUGGUGAAAGGCUCCUACAAGAAGCUGAAGCUUGUCGUCCGCAGGGACACCCAUGCAGCACAGGGAUGCACAGAGCUGUCUCCCAGCCCGCUCAGCCCGGACUGCGUGACCACUGACUUCCAGCCCAGCAAAGCCUCGUGGGCAGCAGGAGUCAAGUUACGGCUGAAGACCAGGCGGAGUGAAACUCCAGGCCGACCUCACUCCUGGCAUUCAACCAAACUCGCCGAGAACCAACCCGAUCCCAGCAUGAUGCAAAUAUCUCAGGGUACGCUUGGCACCCCUUGGCAUCAGUCCUACCACUCCAGCUCCUCCACCAGCGAUCUCUCCGCGUACGAGCAUGGCUAUCUGAGGAGGAGCCCCGAUCAGUACAGCUCCCGGGGCAGCAUGGAGAGCUUGGACCACUCCUCCCCUGCCUACCACCCGUGCCACCUGUCCCCGGCCAAAUCCACCAACAGCAUCGACCAGCUCUCCCACCUCCACAGCAAGAGAGACUCUGCCUACAGCUCCUUCUCCACCAACUCCAGCAUCCCCGAGUACCCCGCGGCUCCGUCGGGCAAGGAGCGCUCGUGCUCCCCGGACGGCGCGCAGUGCCGCGGGGGGCUGCCGGAGGCCAUCAGGCAGGCGGACAUCCGCUACGUCCGCACGGUGUACGACGCCCAGCAGCGCGUCUCCCAGGAGUACGAGGUGAAGCCCUCGGCCCUGCUUCCCGACGCCCGCGCCUCCCUGGACCGCCACGGCAGGCUCCACGCCUUGGGCCGGCACGGCGCGGCCUCCUCCUGGGCGCAGCCGGCGCAGGGCCCCUCGGACAGCAAGAGCCAGCCCCCCAAGGGGCCGCCCCUGCCUCCCACGCGCAGCGACAGCUACGCGGCCAUCAGGCACCACGAGAGGCCCGGCUCAGGCGCCGGCCUCGAGCCCAGCAAGCCCGGCCGGACCCAGCCGAAGGGGGCCUGGGCGCCGCUCGUCAGCUCCCUGUCGCAGGGGCCGCUGCUGAAACCGCCCUUCGGAGAUGGACACCUGCACACCGUGGUGGAGAAGAGCCCGGAGAGCAGCCCCACCACGAAGCCCAAGCAGACCUAUUCCCAGGCAGCCCAGCCAGGGCAGCCCCUGCUGCCCACUGGUGUCUACGCCGUCCCCUCCCCGGAGCCGCACUACGCCCAGGUGCCCCGGCCUUCCGCCAGCAGCACCGGGACGCUUUACCCAGCUCUGGCCAAAGAAAGUGGGUACUCCCCAGCCCUCCCGGGCUCCUACGACAAGGCCGUAGCCAGCGGCACCACCCUGGGCUCGGAUGAGAAUGGAAACCAAAGCACUACAAACAGGUCGAACAUCUUCUACCAGCCCCCUGCCACUGAGAGAAAGCACGAAGCCAAACUCAUCCAGCAGAAACCUCCCAGCGCAGCAGGCCCGGAGCUCUGCCUGGCCGUGUCGCGAAAGGAGGAGCUGUUACCCCUUUACAAGGCAGCACACGGCCACCGGGAGACCACGGGUACCACACAGGCCUCCAAGCCCAUUUUCCAGGGUCCACAACCUCAGCUGAGGGAUGCUAAUGAGAGGAAAACCCAUCACCAGCCCAAAGAGGACUGGACACAUGGAUCCCAGGAGGACAAAAACGGCAACGCACAGGUAAAUGAGAGAGACGCUGGUGCUCCCCACUCAUGGGGUCACAGCAAGGCCAAGCAGUAUGGCUUCUCUUCCUUGCAGAACAUCCCAGAGAGCUCCAGGAGGCAAAGCAGCUCCGAGCUAAGGGAGACGCAGUCAGGCGAGGCUUAUUCCAGCAGCCAGCUGUCCUUCCCGAACAGCAGCAGCAGAGAGGAGAAGGAUCACAGGGAACAGGGGCACAGGCAGUGGAGCGAUGUGGACCCACAGGCCUUCAUGAGGCAGGAGGAGGAGGGCACGAGCGUGGCUCUGUUCCACGCUGCAGAGCCAAAGGGCAAAGAGCCCCCUUCUCCUCAGCUCCCAAAGACCUUGGAUUUUGGGAGGAGCCGGCUCAGCUCUAGCAGCACCCAAAGCUUUCCCUACAGCAAGCCAGAGGCUGGCAAGCCCCGCUGCUCGGUGCUGGAGAAGGUCAACAAGUUUGAGCAGCGGGAGCAGAGCGCUCCCCGGCCCCAGAGCGCUGGCGUUCCCACCUUCGGCCAGCACUAUGGGCCGAGCAGGACGAGCCAGCCCGCCGGCACGAGGUGCUCCAUGCACAGCCCAGAGGACAUCAGGAGCAAGCUGCUCGGUGAGCCAGGCAGGGGCUCCAGCCCGUCCGUCAGGAACGGGAAGCUGGAAGAGGCUGACUGGCACCCCGUAGAGCUGCAGAUGGUGGCUUCGGUGAAGCAGGCAAGAGCCAGUGAGUACUACAGCCCGUGUCCUGAAAAUGAGGUGCAAAUCAGGGCAGCUCAGCUUCCACGGAGUAGAAGCACAUUCCAGCUGGGAGGCGAGCCUGAGAAGGAGAUCCUCUGGAAGGAAAACGUCCAGGAUGCGCACGGCUCACAGCUGGACGCCUCCUUUAACAGGGCCUACAGGAACAGCAUUAAAGAUGCCCAGUCCAGGGUGCUGAGGGCCACCUCCUUCCGGCGGAUCAGCCCCCCGUUCGGGAACACGCCCAAGAGGGUGCCCCAGAGGCCUGCCUCGGCCCACGUGGGCAUGAGGAGCACGGCGGCGUCCCCACACACCCCCAAGGAGAGGCACAGCAUCACGCCCACGGAAGGAGGCUUCUCCAGCCUGGACUACGCCAGGACGCAGCACGUGCUGCGCGUUGGGGGCCGGAAGCGGCUGACGGCGGAGCAGAAGAAGCGCUCCUACUCGGAGCCCGAGAAGAUGAACGAGGUGGGCAUGUCGGACGGGGAGCCGUCGCCUUUCUCCUUCCAGAAGAAAAGCAUCCAUUUUAUCUUCCCAGAGAACACGGUGGCCGACCGGCGCAAGAUCUUCGAGAGGGAGGGCAAGGCUUCCUCCACAGCCAGCCUGUCCAAGCCGGAGCUCAAGCAGCUCCAGCAGAACGCGCUGGCCGACUACAUCGAGCGCAAAACGGGCCGACGGCCGUCCUCGCAGGACAUCGGGCUGCUCCGGGAGCGCUCCCACAGCUCCUACCUGCAGCUGGGUGCUCCCGACAGCCAGAGCCUUUCCUCCGCCUCCAGCAUGAAUUCCCUCCAGGACCAGAACCUUUACCGCCGCAGAGAGUCCAUAGAGCGGAUAUCCAGGACGGGACGGAUGUCUUCCACUCUUCCCCCUGGGCUGAUGGACUGCUUGGACACGAGCGGAGAUGAGAAGGUGCCGGGGCGCCAGGACAGCCUGGGCACCAGCCGGCCCAAGCCAGAGAGGUGCCGAGAUUACAGAGCCAGGUCGGAUCUCACCAAAGGCACGCAGACAGACCUGCUGGCCAUGCAGGGCCAGCCUCGCUACAGGAGGCAGGAGCAGGUCUCGGAAGCGCCCUCCACCGCCAGGAAAUCCGGGAAAUCGGUGUCUGUGGAAGACUUGCUCGAUAGGUACGACAAUCAGCCAGUCCCUGUGCACGUACGCUCCAGGUCGUCUCCCACCGCGGAUAAGAAACACCAGGAGCUGCUGCGAAGGGAGAGCAGUGAACUCGGCCCCGUGCUGAGGGAUCCCUUCUACGUGGUCGGUGCAGGAGCCAGGUCUUUCAGCAAGAAAGAGAGAAGCUACUCAGAGAAAAUGGCGUUCACAAGUUACUAUCCCCAUCCCCUCCACAGCCCAGAGGUUGUCACCGGGCCUGCCACACUGGUCAAGAAUCACAAGCUCUCAGAAUUUUCCAGGCCAGAUAGCAGGACUUCUGCAUUUUUCCCAGCCCCAACAGAGGCAAGGAGCCACUACCCUGAGCAAAAGCAAGGCUUCAAACCCCUGUUUCUUAACCUUACUCCUGGGCCUGGCCACUCUUCUCCUAAUACCCCCGCCCAGGCUCCCUCAGACUUGCAGAGCACAGCUGACAGCCAGGCUCCGAGACAGCACCAUGCCAAGGGAGAGGCUGUUCCCGCCGAGGGCAACGGGAGCGCUCAGGCACAGCCUUUGGAUGCUCUCCAGGACAGAUCCCCCGAGGCUCCCACGGAAGAGAUGAUGUGGAGAAGGAAAGCAGGGCUGCUGCACCGGUCCCUCCCGCCCAAAGUGGCGUGGGCCAAAGAGGGCAGCUACGCCAGGGCCAUGGUGUCUCCUCCGGCGGCCGGGCCCAAGCCCUCGCAGAGGUGGCAGUCCCUGCCCACACAGAGCAGCACUUCCUCCGACCCAGAGACUCCUUCUCCCCAGGGCAUGACCCAGCUGCGGAUCUCGGAGUCGGGGCUGCAGCUCACGCCCCCGCCAUCGCUGCAGGACGAGGAGGACGAUGAGGUGUUUGUCGCGCCUCCCCAGCCGCCCUUCUCCCCGCCACCGCCAUCCCGUCCUCUUCCCCAACUGAGCUCUUGCACUUCUGCCAACGGCACAGAUGAAUUCCCACCUCCUCCCCCUCCCGUUGAGGGGAAUGGGGCAGCUGGAGAUAAAUCCCCCCGGCUCCCAGAGGAGGCCGGAGUGAGCAGCUUCAAAAGCUUUCCCAAAGCCCUGGCCGAGAGGGAGAUAACAGGGUUGGGCACCAGCACCGGUGAAAAUAACUGGCCAACCCCAUUAAAGAGGACUGGCUCUCCAUCUGCUGUGGAUCAGCAGCACCAGUGCCCUGCUUCUUCUGAAGGGCCUCAGAGCACUGACAGACAGUCUGAAGGUAAUCCCAGAGAACCGGCAUUGGAAAGUGCCAGCCUGGACUCUGGGAUAAAUGGCACAGCACCCCCAGUGAAGGCAAAGACCAAAACCCCAGAGGAUAUCAAGUCAGAGGCUCUAGCAAAAGAAAUUGUCCAUAAAGACAAGUCUCUGGCUGAUAUCCUGGAUCCAGAUUCCAAAAUGAAGACAACCAUGGACCUGAUGGAAGGGAUUUUCCCUGGUGGAAGCAGCGUGCUGAAGGAGAACAACAUGAAGAGGAAGAUGUCGCAGACACGAGCCAGCAGGACGGCAGUGACGGGUGACACGAGAGAAGAAAAGGAAGCUCCUGUCACCCUGGUCACCUGUCCUGCUUACUACAGCGUUUCAGCACCCAAAGCAGAGCUGCUCAAUAAGAUCAAGGACUUGCCAGAAGAAGCAGGUGAGGAAGAAGAGCUGCUGGACAUCAAUGAGAAAAAGCCACCUUUCCAUCUUAGACUUACCAAAACAACUCAAGAAGACAUGGUAGAUCUGGGAGGUGUUUGUAUAUUUUCCAUUUAGUGAGUUCUUUCCUGAAAAACACAAGUCCUGCCGUAUAUGCCCAGGUCAGGAAGAGGCUCCAUCCAAACAGGAUCUGCCUGUUUACUCCAGGAACCCACAUGGCUUCAGGGGGAGCACCUCAAGCAAGUUUGGGGUGGAUAAAGCAAGUCCUGUGUGUGUUCCCACAGUACACAGAAGCAUCAGCUAAUAAGGCAAGUGAUAGUCACUGAUGUUUUUAUAACAGCUUAGAUUUUCAAGUGAGAAAUGAGUUAAAGCCACGGUUUUUGUGCUAAGUGCAGGAAAAAUUCUCUUUGCACAGUUUUGUUCAAAAAUCACCCUCCUAACUGCAAAGUUUACUGAGUUUGGUAGAAGUACACCUUGAUAUGUAUUUAAAGGUAAUUAAACAUCAGGCAAGCCUGAAGAUGUACUUCUCAGGCAAAAAGAUCUACUUCUUUUACCUCUGGCAAAAAGGGGAGUGUAUUCAUUGCUCUUUAUCCCACCUUUCUUUUCUCCUGUGGCUCUGAAACUAGAGGAUAGUGGAAACCCAGGAUUUCCCAGAGUGAUUACAUGGGAUAGGAGUACCAGGGAUGGAAUUUUACACUUGCUGUCCAGUCCUUGCAAACUUCCUGACACAAAUCCGUAUUUUGGGUCUGGUUACAUGAGAUUUUUAAAACUGACACUGUAUUGCAGUGGCUGCAGUGGAGAAAACCAGUACCUCAAAUACAGUGAGCACCAUCUGCUGUGCUACCCCUUCCCCAAAACACAUCUCAGGGAAGGAGUUCUCAGCAGCCUGGCAAUUUUUGCUAAGAUUGAGCCUUAUUUUUAUAAGAGAAACACCUGGUUUGGAUAUUGGUGUGGAAUGCCCUACAUCCCACCCUGCCACAGGGGUGACAGCAUGGGUGUUUGCCAGCCUGGGCGGCCUCUGUUUGUAGGUAACAAUGGGUGGGACUCCUUCCCAAGUCACUUUAUGGUACCUAGGUCAAGCACCUUCUCCAGAGCUGUCUCCAGCUAGGUCAUGGACUGUUGCAGGAUGGUGUGACAGCCCCCUUCAGCUGGCUGCAGGCACAGUGGGAAAGCACAGAUCUCCCUUUGGUGACUGGAGGAAAAGGAUAAAGCAGUUACACUUCUGACACGUGGGGCCAGUUCCAGGUAAAAUCCCCUUGUACAAAAUCAAUACCAUUACGUUACAUUUGCAUAUUAGUUUGGAAAAGCCUUUUUCCUGGGUCAGCAUCCCUUAAAUUAGUAUCUCCAGUCAAAGCAGGCCAGCUCACACUAAGGCCUCACAUGCUUUUAGCAACAUGCACGUGAUACGAGCGCUAGGAAAAUCUACUCAUCCAACUUAAAAUUGGCCUUUUUUUAUCAGAGCCCUUGGGCAACUGAUGGUCACAAGGAAUUCACAUCAGAUGCUUUCCUCAAGACUAAAUCUAGUAAAGAGUGUUUACAUACCAGGGUCUGUUGGGUUGUAAGUUUGCACACAAGAUCUUUUGUGAAGGUUACCUAUAAAAUUGGUCAAACCCAGAGCACAACAGUUCAUGUGUCAGUUUAUCCAUCAUCUUUACAACUCCACUGCUGUCGUGACUGUUCAGUCUGGUAAUUAAGAGAAGCAAGUAAAGCAGACUGGAUAGUCUCCAUACUCGCUCCACAUAAAUCCUGUCCUUUGCAAAACAGGGAACAGCAAGCUUUUCAUCAGAGCUCCUGCUUUAAAUGGGUGUGAGCAAACUGAGGCACACCUAGAGACCCCAUCCCUGGUUUCUCUGUGCCUCAUUCAACCACCCUCCAAGCCAGUGUUUCCAUAAGGGCUGCUCAUCCCUUUUUAGCCCUGCAGAGGGGAUGUGUCCUGACUGUGGCACGGCUUGCCUGCAUUCCCACAGGAGCACUGCUCGUGCCUUUGCACAGGAACCAAGCGUCCUGCAGCUCUGCUGUUUCUGUCCAUGUGUUACUGAACAAUCAGCCUUUGCUUUGUGCAGCUGGAUGUGUGUCUGUGGCCAGCCUUUGUGCAGCUUGCUGCGCGUCGGUGCCAAAAACCAUUGCAAAAAUCUGCUUUCUUCUUGCCCGUUUCAAGAUGUCGGGGAGACGGAGCCAGCCAGGCUCAGCACCCUCAGACAAGCUUGAGAGGGGGGUCAAUGUGGCUCUGCCAGAUUUGGGAUUAGGAAAAAAGGCUAUUUUUCCCUACACCAUAUAGGAAACAGUACAUGUGAGCCAGGCAGCUUUUUGCUCUGUGGUUUGCAGCCCGAGGCCAUGGCCUUCUGCUAGGGCUGUGCUGAGAAGCAGGGGGACUCAAAUGAGCAAAUCCAGCCAUACUUUUUAAAUCCUUCAUUUUAACACUAAAUUAACUUGGAGAACUGAAAUGCAAAAGAAAAAAACAAAAACCAAGGACAUAAUUCAGCUGGGGAGGGUAAGAACUGGCAAAAG